AUGUGUUGAAAGUUUCAAAUUAAUCAAAGCAACGUCAUUUAUGAUAAAUAGCAAAAUGUCGAAUAUUCACGACACUAAAAUUAAGAUGUAGGAGAAGUAAAUCUCGAGCAUUAUAACGAAUGCAGCCUUUCCAUGAUUUAUUUACAGAGGGGAAAAGACACUACACUACUUUUUAACCUGUGGUCUUUCUGCGCAUGCGCCCUACGGAGCACCAGAUGGCCCAAUCAGCUAUUUUAACUCACGCCCAAAAACAAACCGAAUGGUUCCUUGAAGAUGGCGACGGCUCUUAUGGUGUCAACUUCUCUUCCUGUCAAUCCUGAGAAGGAAAAAUGUGCAACAUCCAUUCAAAAGGUUGUGAAUCCUGAAGCAUACAUCAAGCACCCACUACAAAACAAGUGGGCUCUUUGGUUUUUCAAGAAUGAUAAAAGCAAAACAUGGCAGGCCAACCUUCGUCUCAUCUCCAAAUUUGACACGGUGGAAGACUUCUGGGCGUUAUACAACCAUAUUCAGCUAUCAAGUAACCUGAUGUCUGGCUGUGACUACUCACUGUUUAAGGACGGAAUCGAGCCCAUGUGGGAGGACGAGCAGAACCGACGAGGCGGCCGCUGGCUGAUAACGCUGUCCAAACAGCAGCGUAGAGCAGACCUGGACCGGUUCUGGUUGGAGACGCUUUUGUGUCUCGUGGGCGAAGCGUUCGACGACCACAGCGACGACGUGUGCGGUGCCGUCAUCAACGUGCGAGCCAAAGGAGAUAAAAUAGCAAUAUGGACCACAGACUUCGAGAACAAAGAGGCCAUUACGCACAUAGGGCGUGUGUAUAAGGAGAGAUUAGGUGUUCCGCAGAAGGUGAUCAUCGGAUACCAGUCACACGCCGACACGGCCACAAAGAGCGGCUCCACAACCAAGAACAAGUUUGUUGCCUGAGGAUUGUUCACCGAAUCAUCUUUUUUUUUUUUUUUUUCCCUGGCACCAAGCACAGAUUUUCUGUUUGUUUGUUUGUUUGUUUUCCACCCCACAAAUGUAAAGCACUAUUUCUGUGAAAUGUUUUGAAAUUUAAGAUAUAAAAAAUUAUUCUUUGGUUUGCCUACUCACCAUUUGACCAAAGCUUUGUUUUAUGGUGAAGAUUACAAGCAGUUAAAAUGUAGCACUAUGAUAUCUUUUGUGGUGGUGGGCUGAGUGUGUUCCGUUUUGUACUCUGGUGCGUUGAUUUAUUCCGCCUGUAGUGUAUAUAAAUAAUUUUUCAGUCAUUAAACAUUAAAGAGAAAAAACAAAGAAGAAAAACAAACAGCCAAAAAAAAAUCCUUUAGUAUUUAAAAUGUUGAAAGUGAACAUGAUUUAACUAUAGAUCCUAUUUUCAAAGAAUAAUAAUUGAAAGAAUAUUUUGGGUUGGCAGUUUAACAUAAUUAAGCCACUUUAUUGCCUCUUAAAACCUAGUUGUGAGCAAGAGGCCUCAGUUUGAACUCUUGCUUCUUGUCAGCUUAUUCAAAAUGUGAACUAAUUAAAAUUUAAAUGUUCAGGAUUUGAAUGACAAGUGGAGAAUGUUCAGAAACGUUUUUGAAUUUGAGUUCUUUGCCACACAAGUAAAGAGGACUUGCACUGAAACUGAACUACUACAAGCUUUAUAGUACAUGAAUAUUACAUCAUUUGUACCACAGUAUUUAUGAGGAUAUUUUCUAAAUGCACAUGCUAAAUACAUAUUUUAGUAACCACGCAGGUCACGUGACGUAAAGAAAGAUGUUUACUUAAGUCUGCGAGUUAACCUUUUUCUUUCAGUUCAAGUUUUGAUGAUAUUGAUGAUAAAAAAAAGAAUAAGAAUUAUUAAGUUUUCCAGAUUUUGUUAUAUAUAUGUAAUAUGACAUAAAAACAAGUACAUUUUUUUUUUGGAGAGAUUUAACCGUGCCUGCUGCGUCUUUCUGAGCAGUGAAUGUACAAAUGUGUUGAAUAAAUAUAUGCAGUG